GCCCGGGCCGCCCCCAACCCCAAAUUGACCAAACCCCCCGAAAAACCCAAACCCCACCCCAAGAGCCCAAAGCCAGCGGCCAGCCAGCCGAAGGGGGAAGGGGAUGCAGCAACCGAUGCCCAUGCAGCCGCAGCCGCCGGCGAUGACCCCGGCCGCCGGAAUCACCACCGAGCAGAUCCAAAAGUAUCUGGAUGAGAAUAAGCAGCUUAUUUUGGCUAUAUUGGAAAAUCAGAACCUGGGAAAGUUGGCAGAAUGUGCCCAGUAUCAAACACAGCUUCAGAAGAAUCUCUUGUAUCUUGCUGCAAUCGCAGAUGCCCAGCCACAGACUGCUGUAAGCCGCCCUCAGAUGGCGCCACCUGGUGCAUCACCUGGGGUAGGGCAAUACAUGUCACAGGUUCCUAUGUUCCCUCCGAGGACACCUUUGACACCACAGCAGAUGCAGGAGCAGCAACUGCAGCAGCAGCAGGCCCAGUUGCUAAAUUUCAGUGGCCAAAUGGUUGGGAGGCCUGGCAUGGUCAAUGGCAUGCCUCAGGGCCUGCAGGUUCAUCAAACUCAGACACCAGCAGCAGUGAGCAAGCUAGAUGCUGGUGGCGCCGCCUCGGAGCCUUCUGGAACUGAGAGCCACAGGAGCACUGGUGGAGAUAAUGAUGGUGGGAGCGACUAGGCUUUGAAGUCCUACAAAACUUACGAGCUAGCGUUCUAGGCCGCGAAAUAUGCAUGUAUACUACCGAUGAACGAAGAGAGGAUCAUUCCUGUGCCCUUCAAUGAUAAGUGGCCGCGAUCUUCGCAUGGAUGAUGAUCAGUAGUUGUCACGUUUUCCCUCUGUUGUCAGUCUGUAGAACAGACGUAGAUUGUUGUGACCCUUAUUUGCUUGCUGUUAUCACGCUGUACUGUCGUAGGCUGGUAGCUAUCUGCCAGAAUAUUGUCUUCAGGAGCUGGGUUCAGUUACGAGUUGUUAUAAAACUUUCAUCUCUUCAGGUAGUUGAAUUCAGUUACGAAUUAUGUUAGACGAAAGUUGAUCUGCAAAACAGAAACUGCCCGAGUUCCCCUUGUGCUGUGAA